CUUGAUCCAAUCCCAACCUGAAUCCAUAAUUUCUAACCAGGAUGGCUUUCUUGAGCUCGAGGUGCCGAGUCCGGAUCCGUUCACGUUACCCCACCCAAAGCCUUGACCUCCAACACAACCUAACUUAAAUCAAAUCAAUGUUAACAAACCGAAAUAAAGCCUUGCCUCCAUAGACAGCCCAACCCAAAGCACAGCCUUGGAUCAGGCCAGUUCUAGCGAAUCCAGCCCACCGUGCAUGCGCUCGCGUGGCAGCAACGAACGGCGUAUUUCUUUUCCGCCGGCGUUCGGGUCUCACAUUCUCAGCAACGCCGCAAUCUUCAGUCGGUUUUCGUAUUUCCUCUCCAAUCUCCCCAUCGGCUCCAGAUCCAAUCCGAGCACAGGAGCGGAGAAGGAGAAACGAAAAGAAAAGAGAGCGUCCAAUUCUUUUUUUUUUUUUUUUGUCCUUGUGUGAAUCAUGGAACCAAGAAUUGGAGGAUCGGCGGUUCUCCGCUUGGCGCUGGCCCUGGCGGUGGCCUCUCUCUUGGCCUCGCCCACCCGAUCCCUCCACUUCGACCUCCAAUCGGGCAAACCCAAGUGCAUCACCGAGGACAUCAAGCUCCGCGCCAUGGCCGUCGGCAAGUACACCGUCGUCAAACCGGACGGCUCUAGCACACUUCCUGACUCCCACCGCAUCAUCGCCCGGAUUUCGUCGCCCAAUGCGAAUGUCAUCCACUCCGCGGAUAAAGUGGAGUCUGGGAAUUUUGCUUUCAAUGCGAUGGAGGCUGGGGAUUACUUGGCGUGCUUUUGGACGCCUGUCCACAAGCCGCCCGUGACGGUGACGCUCGAUUUGGACUGGAGGACCGGCGUCCCCGCCAAAGACUGGACAAAUAUUGCUAAGAAGGAGCAUCUCGAUGUCAUGCAGCUGGAGUUGUUUAAACUGAGGGAUACCAUUCAGUCAAUCCAUGAUGAGAUGUUCUCUCUUCGUUCAAGGUAAUACAAAUGAUAUUCAACCUAAUCCUAUGUAUAUACUGCAUGAAUAUGGCCUAAUGGUCAUCAGAAUGGCCAAAAUACAGUGAGAGAUUUUAUUGAUUACUGAAGUAGCCUGUGGUAAAAUGUAAGUCCCUUGGGA